AUCUCCAUUCCAAGUGGGCCGGAGGUGCAUUCAGGCCCCCAUCUGUGCCUGACCUGGGUCGCAGAGAUAACAAGGGGUGCUCCCCUUGUGGCGAUGGCCAGGUAGCCUCCCAAUGCCCCUUGCGCAGCUGCUGGGCACUGUGUUUGCAGAGCUCCACGCAGGGCAUCAGUGAGGAGCUGCUUGUAGGUGUCAGGUACACUGUAUCUAUAUGCAAGGUGGAGGGGCCUCCUGACCACAGCCUGGACUGGUGGAAUGUGUAAGUGAGAGCAGGAGCAGGGGCUUCUUGAUUCCAGGGUCCUGAGGCAGCUGGGGCAGGCUGGAAGGUGCAGAUAUGACCGUUGAGCCUUCCCCAGGCAUCUUUCCAUGGUUUUGCCUUCUGAUUCGCUGAAAGUCUCACUCCAAAAGGCAUCUGGUUCUCCACCCUCACCACCCCACCAAUCUGCACAACCGUGUUCAUAGCCAGGUGGAGAGUAGUUUUACACACAUUUGUAGUAGCAUCUGAGAAGAGAUAGCAAAUUUUUUUCCCCCAGAUUAAGCCAAGAGCUCCUUUGCACUUUCCUGCUUUUUUAUUGUCAAUUGUUGAACACAGGUGACCCCUGGUGUGAGAAACAAGCCCUAUUCCUAAAAGGAAUAAAUGCUCACCGGAUUGUGGAGAAGAAAAGAAUUUAUUCACGAUCUUGCAAGAAUGGGUGCCCAACCCCAAUGUGGGGGGUUGGUGCCCAGAACAAUAGACACAGCGGAAUUUAUUUCUUAACACCUAAUGGCAAGUCCCUCCUGUUCCUCCAGUGGCUGGAUACUCCAGAGGUUACAUUCUAUUGCACAAGCCUAACUAGCCCAUGCAGAUUUGAAAUAUGCAGCCUGUGCAAAUUGGAAACAUUUGAAAUAAGUUUCCUGUAUGAAUUUGCAACAUUUGGAAGGUUUGGAACAAAUCUCCACCCCUGAGUAUAAUGGUUAUGCCCAGGCCUCUUUAGAGCCAGUCUGGGCUAGUUUGGUAACAAGUUAUGAGGCUAUUUUGGGAACCUCUCCCCCGAGUCUCCACCUUGCAGAGAUAGCAGAUAGUGGGCUGAUAAACAGGGGGACUGACUGUGGCUAGUGGGCAGAUAAACAGGAGGACUGAGCAUGGACUACAGUUUGUCUUUUUGACCUUCUGCCAAUUCUUGAACUGCCCCACCCUGCAAGGCACACCUCUCCUGUGUGAAAGCUAAACUUAAUCUCAUUCUCACACUGGGGUAGUUGGCUGGAGUGUCCUUCCACACCAUCUCCAAGCCUUACAGAUCUUCAUGCUCUCAAGGGUGGUUUGACUCAAAGGAGUGGGGCUCACUCGAUCACAUGAUUUCCAGUGCAAAUUGAACACUAAUAUAACAUAUCCCCUUGACUUUCCAAGCCAGGAGCUGUGGCCUGAGACACCUCCAGCACAUUCCAGAAGGGGGGCUGCAUGGACCAGUGGUUCAGCCUGUGCUGUUCUCAGCUCUUGAAGGGAUUCCUUCCUGGGCCAUUUCUGCAGUGCUGCAGGGAACAUCUCCUGUUUGUCCUAGCAGACUGCUCGCCCUUCCCGCAUUCCAGGAUAGAAUCCCCAGAAUGGGAUGGCUGGUCAUACACAUGCAGAGGAGAUUCAAUAGCCUGAGCCACUGAACUUCUGGAAGGCUGCAGUGGUUCAGUGGCCACCAACAGGUCCCUACCAUGACUCCUUCCCUAUGUCCGCUCAGUCUGGCUGUGAACAUUCUCUUGCGUUUUGGCAAGUCUGGAGUCAGUGGGGCAAAUGGGGUCACUUUGGUGAUUUGAUUUGCAACUCCCCCGUGAGAGCUGGAGCCCCAUCCCAUCGUCCAGGGGCCAUUUGGGUUUGCUUUUGUCUGAGGCUUCUGUUCAGGUCCUCAGAUCUGUAGAGGACAUUCUCCCACUUGGAUACCCCUGGCAUUUGUCCCUUUGCCAGAGCAGGGAUCACCAUGGCUGCAGGUUCCCAGAACUCCCUUUAAGGCAAAAGACAUAAGUCAGGGUGUUGCUUUGAAAUCAAAGGUGUUCCCAUAAUCUGGGCCAUCUGCGUCCACUGCCUCCAAAGUGGGGAAGGGAUGAGGUGGAGCAGACCCCUUCCCUCCAUGUCUGGGGCACACCCACCUCCCAGAGUGUGGAGGGAUCAUCCUGAGGCCCGAGCAUGGAUGGUUCUGCUUCUGACCUGCGGGACCUUGAGUUGCCCCUGGAGGGUCCCCCAUCCCAAUAAUGGCAGUGUUUCCUGAGGACUCAUGGGAUGAAGCUUUUUCCAGGCAGUGAUACAGGGAGGUUCUCCUGUGACUCAUCUCCACGAAUGAUGGGGAGUGUCCACGACUUCAUUACUCCCUCACCACAGUUCUCCUUUGGAGGCUGGGCCCUUUUUCUGCUGGAAGCCCUCCUGCCCCUCUUAAUGACCAGGUCUCGGAGGGCCUGGGAGAGGCAGAUCUACACCUCCCCCCAGUGCAGCUGCUGACCAUCUGCUCCUUCUCUGCCCUUUCCUAGCAUGCAAACACACCGGCACAGAGGAGGGUGCAGAGCAGCCUGGAGCGCACCCACAAGGAACGGGUUUUGGAUAAGCUCAUGAAGCUGCUGGUGCUGGCCGUGCAGAUAUGCAGAUUACUGCAGUUUUGGUGAUGGGGAUGGAGGAGGCCAGGAAGGCUUCAAAAAGAACCCCGACCCGGGAGGUGGUCGUCAGAGGGCAGUGUGGCCGGAAGGGCCGUUCCCCUCACCCUGCUGCCCACCCGUCCACCCCCAGCUCCGUCUCCUGCCUCCUGCUCACCUGGCUGGAAGAGCUGCUGGCUGAUUUCUGCCAGCACCCAGGCGUUCCCUGCCUCAAACAGCUGGUGGUGCUUGCACAGGUCGCCCUGCCUGGGUCUGCCCUGGAGAGGCGUGCUCAGGACCUCCUUUCUCUCCUGGAGCCCGCGGAGCCCAGUGAGACCGCGACAGAGGCUUCCGUGUCAAACCCAGAGGUGAAAACCAGCGCAGUGCCCCCUCCAGAGCCAGUUCCAUCGAUGGCACUGCCUCCAGCGCCACAUGCAGUGGCAGAGCCGCUGCAGGCUCGAGAACUCCAGCCUCCUACUCCUGCAACGUUCGUCCCACCUCUGGAGUUGGAGGCAACUCUGAAGCCACCUGCUGUGCCACCUCCAGAGGUUGCAACAUCACCGGCUGCAGCAUCACUGACAGAGCUGGCAGUAGCUCUGAGGCCCCCUCUACUGCCAGAGGUCGAGGCAUUUAUGGCACCUGAUGUGGAGCCAUCCUCCUCACCAGCAGACACACCGUCGCCAGAGCUGGAGGCAGCUCCGUUGCCACCUCCAGAGGUGGUGACCUUCCCAACUGAGGAGCUGGAGCCGGUUAACUCAACACCGGUAGCCUCAGGUCCACAGCAGGAAGUGGCUCCUGUGUCACCUGUACUGCCACUUUCCCACCCAGCACCAGUGCCACCUCUGGAGGUAGCACCUGUUAACUCACCGACUGUGGUAACAGCUGCAGAGCAGGAGGAAAUCCUCGUGUCACCUGCAGUGCCACUGGCAGAGCUGAAUUCAGCACCAGCUCUUGCUCCACCACAAGAGCCUUCCUGCUGCUCCCCUGAGAGCCUGGAGCAUGGUCUGAAGGAGGUGACGUCCCCUCUCUCUGAGGACCCUCCCAGGCUGGUGGCCGAGCAGAUGACACCGAUGCAGGUGGGAGACCAGGUCAUGCCGAGGAUCCAGCACCUCCAGGCGGAAUCCAGUGAGACCCACUGUCGACCCCUGGAGCAACUUGGGGCCUGUUUUGGGAACGUGGAACAGCUCAGCAAGGCCAAGUGCUCUCAGGAACCCAGUGCUGAGCCCAGCACUAGUGGCAACACAGAGUCCAGUGCCCGGCUCCACAGUGGCCCCGACCUCAGCAGUGGGGAUGCAGCUACCUCAUUCCCUGGACACGUGGCUGACGCCUCAAAGCCAGAUCUCGAGAUAGGCAUGGCCCUUGUCACCGAAUGCCCUGAUGGCCAGGGGAAGCAGGUUGGGGAGUCGACCUUCCCGUCAUCCCCGGAGUCACCCGGUGUCACCUCAACAUCCAGUGGCACCACCUCCUCCUCGGCCCACCCCAUACCCAGGGCCCCACUGAGAACCCAGAUACCCUUUGAAUUCCUGCCAAUUUAUAACAAGAUGGUGGACGACAAAUGCAUCGUGCGAGUCAGAGUGGACAUGGACAACGGAAAUGUUUACAAAAGCAUGAUGCUGACCUGCCAAGACAGGACACGGGCCUUUAUCCGCAAAGCCCUGGAGAAGCAUCUCCUGGAGGAAGAAGAUCCAGAGGACUACAUGCUGGUGCAAAUUGUUUCACCGAAGAGAAGGAUGAAGAUUCCAGAUAGGGUGAAUCUCUUGUAUGCCAUGGACCCUUCAGGCAAUUAUGAUUUGCUGCUGACUAAGAAAACCUCCGCCAAGGGGAAGAAAGGGAAAAAGGGUGGCCUGUUCACCCUUUUUCAACGGAAGAAGAAGUGAAGCCGCUUCUCACUGGCCCUGACAGCUGCCAGCCUCAGGGUCAUCUUCCCACGUGUAGCUGGUUGGGUGACAUCGCCGUGCCAGGUGGGCACUUCCCUCCCCACCAGCCUGCUGAGCCCUCCCUGCCCUGACCCUUGUUUCAGCCCUGAACCUCUCCUCCUGCUGGCAUCUCCCUGCCCCUUGACAGCCUGACCCAGACUCCUGUGGACCACUCACUGCCCUCUCCUCGGGCCAUGGGUCCCCACACACGACCUUCCCUGGGGUUCCUGCCCUGCCUCACCCCACUGCAGUGUUCCUCAGGCUGCACCAAACAUAGUAUCAUCAGGACCUCCCCGGAGUGAGGCUUCUCCACCCACCCAUCCCAGGCCCUCAUCCCAGGGAUUGGAGAGGCCUCUUCACUCUGUAAGGCUUUACCCAUUGAUGGAGGAAGCACCCAGCUGGGUGCCACAGACCUUAAAUCUGAAGCUAUGCAAGGGCCAUGCAUCACUGCUUCCUGGGGUGUAUGAGACCCCUGGAGAUGGAGGUAGUGGGAGGGCAUAUUGGGGAGGAUUAGUCAAUUAUUGAACUUUGGUAUAUUGGGCAGAAAAUAUAUACCUAUUGGAGAGAG